AUGCCUCGUUUCCGCCGAUACAGAGUAUUUGUGGUUUUCGCCGUCAUCAGCGUUGUCUCCUUCGUUCAUUUCUCCCGGAUCCUCUAUGGGUCUACGCCCUCAACUUUCUCCAACGAAUCUACACGGAUACAAAAGCAAAAACCUCUUCCACCACCUCUUCCACCACCUCUGCCAGCUCCUCCGCGUCCUAUUGCAGAACCCCCUCGGUCCACGCCGCUAGCUGGGAAUCUGGAAGACCAUGGCUUCGCACCAGAAUCUACAACAGCGGUUCUUACAUCUAACCCUACAUCAGCGGCUACUCAAGUAGCGAACCCGCCGCCAGGUCAAUCGCCCAUUCCUCACUCAACACAGCAAAAGCCAACCAAAUCAGAUCCGCAGACGGGACUAAUUUCCCCUCUGCCUGAGGAAGAUGAGCUUCAAUCUCCUGGUCAAGGGAGGGUAGAAGUUGAUGGCUUCAAGACCAAAAUCCGGUGGGAAAAACAGCCCGAGCAUUUCCCCGUUCCACCGGAGAACCUCAUUCGGCUCCCUGAAGGGGCCCCGAAGACACUGCCCAAAAUCCAAUUCGAAUUUCCAGAAGAAUCACCAGCAGCUAAAGCCGAUCGCGAGGCGAAGCUUGCCGUAAUCAAGGCGUCCUUCAACCAUUCCUGGACGGGGUAUAAAGCGGAAGCAUGGGGUCACGAUGAGUUGCGUCCUGUUUCUGGUGGAUAUCGAGAUCCAUUCUCGGGAUGGGGCGCCACGUUGGUGGAUGCCUUGGAUACGCUUUGGAUUAUGGGCAUGGAAGCUGAGUUUGAAGAGGCCGUAGAAGCAGUCAAGAAGAUUGAUUUUGCUACUAGCCCAAGGCGGGAUAUCCCUCUCUUUGAGACGGUGAUUCGCUACCUAGGGGGCCUCAUUGGAGCCUAUGACAUCUCCGGCGGUAGAUAUCAGACUCUACUCGAUAAAGCUGUCGAACUUGCAGAGAUACUGAUGGGUGCAUUCGAUACUCCUAAUCGAAUGCCCGUUACCUACUAUCUUUGGAGGCCGAGAAUGGCGUCACGAAAAAAGCGUGCAAACUCUAGAACCGUAACCGCGGAGAUUGGGUCCCUGGUAGUUGAAUUUACUCGUCUGGCACAGAUUACAGAGGAAGCUAAAUACUAUGAUGCGGUUGCACGAAUUACCAACGAGCUUGAAAAGUUCCAGGAGAAGACGAAAAUACCCGGGAUUUGGCCUACAUAUCUAGACGCCUCCGGUUGCAAAAGGGUUGAGCUACCUGUAGACCAGCCUACGGACAUGCCUUCUCGUGCGUCGCCUCCUAUAAUCCCUGAAAAUAGGUUGCCAGAGAGACAAAUCCAGAAGCGGGACGAAAUCGAUCCUCUUUUGGUCGAUGCAGAGCCUGCAAACUACGACGUCAACCCUGAUUCGCAACUUCUGCCACCUUCUCCGGUGAAAGCAAGUUCCGAUGACGAUCGCUUAGCUGAAAGCACACACAUAGUCGAAUAUGGUUGCGAAGACCAAGGGUUUACAUCCCCACCUCGUUCACGAUCGGAUAGAUUUACCAUUGGCGGUCUUGUGGACUCAGUCUACGAGUACUUACCGAAACAGUAUGCUCUGUUGGGUGGUCUCAAUGACCAGUACCAAGCUAUGCACGAGAGGGCUAUGAAUGCGAUCAAGAAAUAUCUUCUAUUCAGACCCAUGCUACCGGAUGCCAGGGACGUUCUUUUCAUUGCAUCUGCUACUACGUCAGAGCCUGUAACUGAAAAGGGUGAUUUAAAACAUACAUACGAAGGCACUCACUUGGCCUGUUUUGCCGGUGGCUUGUUUGCUAUAGGUGCAAAGCUCUUCGGGAUUGAAGACGACCUGGCCAUUGCUACUAAACUGACUAAUGGCUGUGUAUGGGCAUACGAAUCUACCACAACCGGUAUCAUGCCAGAAAUUUUUGAGAUGCUGCCUUGUGAAUCACUGGAACCAUGCGAAUGGAACAAAACCAGAUACUAUGAUGCUUUAGACCCGUAUUUUGCAGAGCGAAAAUCGUAUCAUGACCAAACGGCUGCGGAGCAUGCACGACAAUUAUCGGACCCAGUGCAGCCCUGGCACAGUGACGCCAAUUCGACUCCUGUCCCUACGAUGCGACAAUCCGCUCCAUCACAGGCUGCUAUAACACCCACUAUUUCACUUGCAUCGACUGCCAGCCCGUCCCCUCUGAAUGAGAGAGUUAUCCCCGAUUUCCUCUCCCAUGAAAAAUUUGCCCAAUUAACUAUUCAGGAAGAACGUCUACCUCCCGGAAUAUCCACCAUCCCGGCAGCUAGAUACAUUCUUCGCCCGGAGGCGAUCGAGUCGGUGUUCAUCAUGUAUCGCAUUACAGGAGAUGAUUCCUGGAGGCAGAAAGGAUGGAAGAUGUUCCAAGCCAUUGAAGCUGCGACUAGAACGGAGCUUGCGAAUUCGGCCAUUAAGGAUGUCACGAGCAGGGUUCCUAUCCCCCUAAAUGAGAUGGAGUCAUUUUGGCUUGCGGAAACACUAAAAUAUACUUACUUGCUAUUCAGUGAUCCAAAACUUGUUAGUUUGGAUGAAUAUAUCCUGAAUACCGAGGCACAUCCACUCAAACGUCCAUUGCAUUGA